CUUGACUGCAGUUGAAGCUCAGCAUUUUCAUAUUUAGUUUUAAUAAAUAUAAAUGAGUUCAACUGAGAAUCUGAGAGAGUUUAUCAUCGAGCGGCUAACUGCUGCUGCUGAAGACAUUUUUGGAGUUUUUCAGAGAACUAUCUUCGAGUACGAGGCAGAGAUCGAUCGACAGCGCAGACUGCUGGAUAUCGUUUGGCAGCCUCACGUCAACUUACACAGAAUAGAUGUCCCACAGCAACAUGAGUGUAAAGAUGAGGAGGUUGUGGCUGACCAGCAGCCCUGUGACCAGGAGAGGAAGUUCAGUCUGGACCAAGAGGAGCCAGAGCCUCCACAGAUUAAGGAGGAGCAGGAGGAACUCUGCAGCAGUCAGAGGGGAGAGGAGCCCAUAGUGAAGCAAGAGACUGAGACAGUCAUGUUGACUCCUACUAAUGAAGAAAAUGACCAGACUGAACCUGAACAACAGCACGAACAGCAGCUCCUCUCUCACACCUCCCAUGUCACAGAAAAUCAAGAUCCCAAAGAAAGCAAGCACAUGGACUCAGAAUCAAGAGGAACAUCAGAACCAACACAAAAAGUAAGACAUAAGACGAGAAGAAUUCAGAAAACUAAAGCAUCAAAGACUGAUUGUAGUCCUCACCAGAGUCAGAAGUUUUUGAAAUGUGAAACACAUGGUGUAAGGGUUAAGAGCGAGUCAGACAUGCAGACACAUCAGGGUGUCUAUGUUGGUAAGAAGAUACAUUCAUGCAAGAUUUGUGGGAAAAUUUUUGUCUCCAAGUCAGAUUUGACUCAACAUACAAGCCCCCACACAGGUGAGAGGCCAUAUUCAUGCAAGACAUGUGGAAAAAGUUUUUUCAAGGCUUACAAACUUGACUGCUCAUUGUACAGUUCAUACACAUGAAAAGCAGUUUACAUGUGAAAAGUGCAGCAAAACUUGCAGAGGUGAAAGUGACUUGAAUAUUCAAAUGAAAACUCACACAGAUGAACUGUACUCCUGUGAUAUCUGUGGGGAAAAAUUGACUCAAAAGAAGUUUGACUAAGCACAAAAGAGAUCAUCAUACUGGUGAAAAGCUAUAUACCUGUGAAACAUGUGGUAAAUUUUUCAAAUAUAAAAGCAAGUUGAUAAUUCAUACAAGAACACACACAGGUGAGAGGCCUUUCUCCUGUAGCACAUGUGGAAAAGGAUUCAGUCAAAGUUGUAAAAUGAAAAUUCACAUGAGAUUACACACAGGUGAGAGGCCUUUCACCUGUAGCACAUGUGGAAAAGGAUUUAGUCAAACUUCUCACAUGAAAAUUCACAUGUGAACACACACAGGUGAGAGGCCUUUCUCCUGCAACAUAUGUGGAAAAGGAUUCAGUCAAAGUUGUAAAAUGAAAAUUCACGGGAUUACACACAAGUGAGAGGCCUUUCUCCUGCAGCACAUGUGGAAAAGGAUUUAGUCAAAGUUCUAAAAUGAAAAUUCACAUGAGAACACACACAGGUGAGAGGCCUUACUCCUGUGUUACCUGUGGGAAAUCAUUUUCCACGAGAAGUACUUUGGAUCAGCACCAAAGAAUUCAUACAGGUGAAAAAACGUUUACUUGCAAAGCAAGUGACAGGUCAUUUAAAUACUUGCAAGCUUUCACAGUUCACAUGAGAAGAGCUCACACAGGUGAUCGUCCAUACCUUUUUAAGACCUGUGGGAAACAAUUCUUUGAGUCAUCUGAUCUUUCACGACACAUGAAGUCACAUGCAGACAAGUAGCCAUGUGUACACAGAUGUGGUGGAGAUGACUGAGUUUGAGCUCGUAAUGUCAGAUCUGAAACUCACUAAUAGAUCUUAAUUGGGACACUUUUCAUUGUCAUCUCUGGGCAAGUGAGAUAAAAUAGUGUGCCUCUCCAGGGGGCAGAGUUAGUUUAUUGUGUGACUUUGGAGAAACUGAGAACAAGUUUAAUUUUCCUUUUAACUUUUCAAUUUACAGUAAUUUAAGGGGUGUACUUUUCAGAAAAAUGUCUACCAUAAAUUCAAAUUUCUUUUUUUUUUGGUUGGAGGGCUAUGAAAAAUGUUUGUUUUGCUUUAGAAAAAGAACCUUUUUAAAGCAGAUUUUAUCUGCAAGGCCUCUUCUUACCUUCUUCCCUAGAGCCAAAAAGAAAACACUGGUCAAUCUUGUCUCCGGAAAACAUAUUUUUGAGACAGCAGAACUGUCAUGUUACUGUUAUGCAGCACAAGUGUACUACAAUGCAGAAUUAGUUUUAGAGAGUGAGAUUGUGUUUAGAUUUUUUGGGAAAAAAUGAGCAAAUUAGUAUUGUAAACUGUGUCUAACUUGGUGGAGGACCUCGAUGCUGGUGAAUCAGUAUUCCUGGCUACCAUUACACUGUGAAGACAAAAGAACACUCCAGGCAUCUCUGAGAAAAUGUGAAAGAAAAGUUGAGUGAUGGAUACCAAAAAAAAAAAUCAAAGGAACUGUAAGUGGUUGUGGAGGCUUGCAAACAGAGAGAUGAGAGAAAGAGGCUGUUGAACAUUGGUGCUGCAUACCAGAAUGCAUACACAAAUUAACAAGGCAGGGUUGUUGCUUGAAGGAAUGAUGACUGGUUUGUGAUCCUUGGGUUGAAUUGGUCUAACAGAAUAGGAUGAAGGGUUAGAGAACCAUGGGGUUCUAAUUGCAUUUACAAAGUGAAUGCCUUUUCCCAGUUAUUAGUGUUGCUGUUAAGGUUGUGUGUUAUAUUUGAAAUAUGUUAUAAGAAUGUUUGUAGUGACUGAUCCUGUUAUCCUUGUUUCUGUUGUUACCAGACGUCCAGUUUAACAUUUGUGUAAGAACAAAAACACUGGACUGAAACUCCCUCCUCCUCUCCUGACUCUUGUGCUACCUGUGGGGUAACAUUGACUCAGAGAAGUAGUUUAGAUAAGCAAAGCAGAGACUGGUGAAAAAAUAAAAUUUGCUGCCUAGCGUGUGACAGGUCUUUCCCUUAUUCAGAACUCUUCAAAGUUCACAUGAGAAGAGUUCAAAAAGGUGAGUGUCCACACCUUUGCAAGACCUGUGAGAAAAGAUUUGUUGCCUCAUCUGAUCUUUCACGACACAUGAAAUCCCAUGCAGAUAAGUAGCUGUUUGCAUA